UGCUACACACGGCGCCUCCCACACUCUUUGUCUCCGGACCGCCCGGUACAGGUAAAACUGUGGUGCUGCUGCUGAUGGGGAUAAAAUGGCUGCUUGAUGGUCACCACGUCUACGUUGUCAGUACCUGUAAAGAGAGUCGGGCAGCGUGCAUCAUGUUGUGUCACCUGUUGCUGCAGACAGUAAAGAAUCAACAGUCAGCAGGUGUAUCACCUGGUCAGCCUCACCUCCUGCUGUAUAAUCUUGCUAAAAUCAAAGACAUGGAAAAGGCCGUCAACGACUUGUCACAGGCAGCAAGAGGAGGGUCGUUGUACGUCAUCGCUGAUGAAGUGAGCGGGUCACGAUACUUCCGCACUGUGUGUGACAAGCUGCUGACACAAGUUCCUCAUCUGCAUCUUUGGGCAGCAAGUUGUUACCAUGGAUACGCACCCUCCGGCUGGCAAGUGGAAUAUUUAACCAGACCCCUCCGCUCUCCACCGGUCGUGGUCAGGGAAGUCGAGCAGGACUGGAGUAUGUUUAAGGGACAUGUCCUGCCGUACAGACAGCGAGGUGUGCCCGACCACACAGACGGCCCGCCAGUCAGACGACUGUAUCACCGAGGUCACGGUCACUCAGGUGACAGGCCAGGUGACUGUGUCACGUGCGGUCGUGACGUGGCCAGCUUCCUAUGCAGUCUCCGUGUUGGUGUUACAGGGAAUGUCACGACAACAGCUACUACCGUCACCUCCACCAAAGGAGCCACAACACCGCCCUGUCUGCAGUGGAGAGACGUGCUGGUGUUGUACCGGGAUAAAAUUAGUGCUGACGCUAUUUACCACUCGGGUAUGAUGAAGGGACUUAAAGAAGCGAGUAUCCCAGUGCGGGUGAUGAAGGAUAACGACAUCGAGGACGUGGCCACGGCCCGCAGUGACGUAGUGUGGGUGAUGGAUGGACAGCGUGUUUGUAGUCUUGAGAGAAAAGUCGUCGUCUGUGUCGAGGAUUAUGGUACAGCCCGGCUGUACUCCAUGUCGCGGUGUACGUCACAACUUGUUAUUGUCUACGAUUCAAACGAACCGAAAGGUAAUUGACGUCAUCGCCUCGUACAUGAUACAAAACAUAAACAAUACAGAAAGUCAAAGUACUGAAUGCUGUACCAUUGCCUAUGGUGUUCUUAAAGUUAAAUAAAAUAAUGCCUCCUGAACAAAAUAGUCUGUUUUAUUGACAUACGGUCUCUGCAAAAAUUAGUUUUCCGUUGCUUUUCGCUAGAUUUUAUUUUGUUUGAUGUAGAACUAUAUUUUCACUACUUCUAUUUAUCUCUAAAAUAGUGAAACAGUCAAACAUGUGCGAUGCU